AGGGAGAGCCCACCCAGAUCGGUGGCCGUGCCUUUCCGCGCUCUCUUCCGCCGCCGCCGCCGCCGACUCGCUCUGCUUGCGCGCACCACCGGCCGCCGCCGCCGCCCUCUCCUUCUCCCGAUGCGGGCCCUCGCCCGCGCCGCGUCGCUGCUCCGCGGCGCCGCCGCGGGGACGGCGCCGGCUCCCGUGGCGCCGCGCCCCCCGCUGCCCGGCGCGUUGCCGAGCCUCGCCAAGAAUUUGCCAGCUUCCUGUUUCAGUGGGUAUUCUACUCUUUUGGCUCCAGCAAACGAAGUGCUGAUUCCACCAGAACUUCUAUCCAGCAAGACUGUUUGGACACCAGACCGCGAACUUGGGCAGUAUGAAGACCUGGUAGCUAGGGUGACAAACUUCCAUAAUGAGGACAAGGGCUUCAUGGUUUUGGAUGGUGAUGUUUUUGAUGUUCCAAUUAGGAAGGAUAUUGUUCACCGUGUUGUAAGGUGGCAGCUUGCUAAAAGACAGCAGGGGACACACUCAACUAAAACUAUCAGUGAAGUCAGUGGCACAGGAAGAAAACCUUACAAACAAAAAGGAACUGGAAGAGCACGGCAUGGAACACUACGUGGUCCUCAGUUUCGUGGUGGUGCAACCAUGCAUGGGCCUAAACCACGAAGCCAUGCAAUCAAGCUGCAAAAGAAAGUACGGCGGCUGGGGCUUAAGAUUGCGUUGUCUGCUCGAACUGCAGAGGGGAAGCUCUUGAUUUUUGAGGACUUGGAAGUUCCUAGCCACAAGACAAAAAACAUUGUGCAAUACAUACGCCAGAUGGAUGAUACAAAGAAGGUUUUAUUGGUGGACGGAGAUGAUAUUGAUAAGAAGCUAAAGCUGGCUACUCAAAACCUUCACUACGUGAAUGUUCUUCCUUCCAUUGGCCUCAACGUUUACAGUAUCCUCCAGCAUGACACCCUUGUAAUGACUCGAGCUGCGAUCAAUAGAAUUGUCGAGCGGAUGCACACCCCCAUCAACCGCUAGCAAGGAGAGAUUCCAGUCAGAUCAUUGUUUCUUACAGCCAACAACUGCACUUUAAUCCCCUGGAGCUAGGAGCUUUCCAGUUACUUCGGAGCUGACUUGAAGCACCAAAGACAACCAUUUUGUGUUAAAAUGGCCGGUUUAAUUUUGACGUGCAAGGAUAUUAGUAUUUGCAAUAAAGUUAGCUUCGGCAGAUUGGGGAUGUUGUUCCUAGGUUGUGGUUGGACUGUAAGCUUCUUUCAAGGUCAAUUAUGCUGUCCUAGCUUUGUAAUUCAGGAAACAAGUAGAUUGCGAUUACAUUUGGCUUCUGAAGCACACGAGGCUUGCUUGAACUUUUGUAUGCUACAUUCGCUUUGUUGGUCUCACCUUCCUCUUCUUUCAAAUGAGCCGUUGAAACCUAACUCGGUAUGAUUCA